ACACAUACACACACUCACACACACCGCCCUCCCUUCCCUUCCCUCCCCUCCCCUCCCCAUCCCCGCUCCUCCCGCCGACCGGGACUCGCCCCGAGCCGGGAGGGAGACCAUCGCUGUCCGCUCCUCCUCCUCCUCCUCCUGCAGCGGGGGCCGCAUCCUGCUGCCGAGGGGGAGGGAAUUGAUGUGGAGACCCAGCGCAGCACCAUGCAGCCCCCGCCGAGGAAGGUGAAAGUUACACAGGAGCUCAAGAACAUCCAGGUGGAGCAGAUGACAAGACUUCAGGCCAAGCAUCAGGCCGAAUGCGAGCUCCUGGAUGAUAUCAGAUCAUUCAGUCAGAAGAGAGCUGCAAUUGAGAAAGAAUAUGCCCAGAGCAUUCAGAAGCUGGCCAGCCAAUACUUGAAGAAGGACUGGCUUGGAGUGAAAGCUGAUGAACGAAGUGAUUACAGGAGCAUGUACUCAGUUUGGAAAUCCCUCUUAGAAGGCACCAUGCAAGUGGCUCAGUCUCGACUCAACAUCUGUGAGAACUACAAGAACUUGAUUUCCGAACCAGCCAGGACUGUGCGGUGCUUUAAGGAGCAGCAGCUGAAGAAGUGCGUGGACCAGCUGACGAGGAUCCAAACCGAGCUGCAAGAGACAGUCAAAGAUUUAGCUAAAGGCAAAAAGAAAUAUUUUGAGACUGAGCAGAUGGCUCAAGCAGUGCGGGAGAAAGCUGAUAUUGAGGCCAAGUCCAAACUUAGUCUUUUUCAGUCAAGAAUAAGCUUGCAGAAGGCAAGUGUAAAGUUAAAAGCACGACGCUCCGAGUGCAACUCCAAGGCCAUCCACGCACGGAACGAUUACCUUCUGACCCUGGCAGCUGCUAAUGCACACCAGGAUCGUUAUUAUCAAACAGACUUAGUGAACAUUAUGAAGGCUCUGGAUGGAAAUGUCUAUGAUCACCUUAAGGAUUAUUUAAUGGCAUUCAGCAGGACUGAACUAGAGACAUGCCAAGCUGUACAAAACACAUUCCAGUUCCUACUGGAGACUUCCAGCAGGGUGGUUCGGGACUACAGCCUGCAGCUGUUCUUACAGGAGAACUCUGUGUUUCACAAACCACAGCCUUUCCAGUUCCAACCCAGUGACACUGACACUAGCCGACAGCUGGAGUCGGAAACCGGCACGACGGAAGAGCACAGCCUCAACAAGGAGGCUCGGAAGUGGGCGACCCGCGUGGCCCGGGAGCACAAAAACAUCAUCCACACUCAGAGGACACUUGAAGAGCUGGAAUGCCAUGGGCCUGUGAUGUCUGAGCAAACCAGAGCAGAACUGGAGCAGAAAAUAGAUGAAGCCAGAGAGAGCAUUCGCAAGGCUGAGAUCAUCAAGCUGAAGGCAGAGGCUCGCCUGGACCUCCUGAAGCAGAUCGGCGUGUCCGUGGACACCUGGCUCAAGAGUGCGAUGAACCAAGUGAUGGAGGAACUGGAAAAUGAGCGCUGGGCCAGCCUGCCUUCCGUCACCAACAACGGCUCCUCACACCUGAUCAAUGCUGAUGCAGAGAAGGAAGAAGGGGAAGAGUUUGAAGACAGCAUGGAUGUGUUUGAUGACAGCAGUUCCAGUCCCUCUGGUACUCUACGGAACUAUCCUCUCACCUGCAAAGUGGUUUAUUCAUACAAGGCUUCUCAGCCAGAUGAACUGACCAUAGAGGAGCAUGAGGUGUUGGAGGUUAUUGAAGAUGGAGAUAUGGAAGACUGGGUAAAGGCACGGAACAAAGCAGGGCAGGUAGGCUAUGUGCCAGAGAAGUACCUGCAGUUCCCCACCUCCAGCAGUCUGCUGAGCAUGCUGCAGUCCCUGGCAGCGCUGGACAGCCGGUCACACACCUCCAACAACUCCACUGAGGCUGAUCUGGUCACAGGCAGCCUGAAUGGAGACUCCAGUGUCUGUUUUGUAAAAGCACUUUAUGACUACGAGGGGCAGACAGAGGAGGAGCUGUCCUUCCCCGAGGGAGCCAUCCUCCGCAUCCUGAACAAGGAGAACCAAGAGGAUGAUGGCUUUUGGGAAGGGGAGUUCAACGGACGCGUCGGGGUCUUCCCCUCCGUGCUGGUGGAGGAGCUCACGGCCUCAGAGAAUGGAGAGCCUCAGUGGAUUGGAGAGAUUCAGGUAUCCCCGACUCCAAAGCCUAAUAACGUCCUUCCGCCACUGCCACUCUACGACCAGCCUCCCACCAGUCCCUACCAGAGUCCAGAUAAAGUUGGUUCUCAGUACUUCCCCAGAUCACCUUCAGCUAAUGAGAACAGCUUCAGUUCAGAGGCCCCUGGAUUCUCACAGCCUCCAAGGAUCCCUCCUGAGACCUCCUACGGCAAACUGCGACCUGUGCGAGCAGCUCCACCGCCCCCCGCGCAGCAUCACCGCCGGACGACGGAGAAGAUCGAGGACGUGGAGAUCACCCUGGUGUAACGAUGGGACUAGCUCAGUAGUAGUGCUACAAUCAAGACCAAACCUGCUCUUUGGUCAAUCUCCUGGGGGUUUAUUUUUUAGGCACCUUUGCAUGAUGAAGACUUUUCCUAGAGCAAGAGGUAGAGGGAGGAUUUGAUGUGGCAGCAACAGGGCGGCUUCCUUCCCACGGUCAUGAAUAUUUUGUGCCUUUUUUUGGGGUGCUUUGUUAUUCUCUCUUUUUUUUGGGGGGGGUGGGGGGAAAGGGUUGGUUUCUAGACAUCAUUUUUUGUUUUCCCUCUCUUAGCACAAACCAAGAGGGGCCAAACCAGUGAGCAGAACCUCAGAGUGAGGUUUUUCUCCCCUGGGUUAAAGAUGGUCCAAUGAUUUUUUUGUUUUAGAGAGAGGCUGAAGAGAGAGCCUCAGCCGUGCAGCUUAGUCCUAGCCUACUCUGACCACGUUCAUUAGUACAGUAUAUUACUGUUGCCAUAGGAAUGUGUUUCAAAAAGAUCAUUAAUCCUUCACCUCUCAUUAAUUGUCUGAUUAGGGAUUAAUCAGAUUCCUGGCAGAAAGCAAAAGGGAACUGAAAAGAAAAGAAUAAACCACCGUGAGUAUAAGAAACAUAAAGGAGAGGCUGGCUCCUCUUGAAACCCUUUGGCAGAAAGGAAGAAGCAGGAAAGAGAAACACCAAAAGCAUCUCCAUAGAUAAGGAGAGGAAAAAACCCAAGUUGGCUGCAGCUGAUCUGGUGUUCAUUAGUGCACACCUCUUCAAGUAAUUAACAGCUCUGGGUAGUAAUAUUUAUGCCCUACACGUAGGAAGAGAGAGAAAUAACAGCGGUGCUGAAGGAGUAGCAACAUCCUGGCUCCAGAGCUGGACCAGCUGGUAGGUGAAAAAAGCAAAGCAAAAGGGAGGU